UCCCAUCUCAAUCUCAGCUGGGAAUGCAGCACGCACUUGUGUGUGGGGAGAACAACGUCUGUCAUCCGAGUCAGGUGGUGUGAUGAAGCGGCCUGUGUGUUUGCUCGGUUGUGGUUGGAGUUGGAGGGAGGAGGAGGCAGCGGCAGGGUGGGGAGCUGGUUUGGCUUCCAGUGAGGACAUGUUAGAGGCAGGAAUUCGCAAGGAAGGAGUGCUCGCACAAUAGCUCAUCAGGGCAGGAGUAAGGAGGACGUAGAGGUCGGUGGGGGAUUAGAUAGUAUGUUAUGGCGGCUGCAGACAGCAGUAUGACCGUUAUGGAUGAUGUGGAUGCUGCAGUGAGUGUGGACAGUGUGGCUACCUCAGCACACUGUGAAGGUGCAGACAGAGCAGUUUCGAAAGAGACAGUAAAGAACAAUGUGGACCCUUUGGACGGUGCAAAAGAAACUGCUAAAGAUGAGGAUGUUAGUGCAGGAAAAUCUACACAGCCAGUGAGUUUAACCACUGCUGACGGUGUGGACAAUACAAGGGAGAGUGCUGACAGUAUCUGCCCUGAGGACGGCUCGGACAGUGCUGAUCAGACAGACAGCAGAAGUAUGGAAGUCGAUGACAUUACGGACAGCGUGGAUCAGAGCGCCAAGGGCGACAGUAACGGCUGUGAGAGUGACGGUGACGGCACCAAUGAGAGAACCUGCCUGGAGGCCAUGACACCGGACGGCCAGGACUACUACCUGAGGCUGGGAGUCACCCCUCAGCGACGCUCUGCUCUGCGACUCUCACGCAUCAUUGCCCGCCAGCAGCUUCUCCGGAGGCUGGCACAAGAGAUUGAGGCUAAGGAGGCUUGUGAUUGGCUUAGAGCAGCAGGGUUUCCACAGUACGCCCAGCUUUAUGAAGAUUCCCAGUUUCCGAUCGACAUUUCCUCGGUGAAAAGGGACCACGACUUUUUGGACCGGGAUCUGGUGGAGCCUCUGUGUCGACGUCUAAACACUCUGAACAAGUGUGCCUCCAUGAAACUGGAUGUCAGCCACCCCAAGAAGAAAGGCGAUGACUCUGAUGAAGAUGACCCGUUGGCCAUCAGCAAAAGGUGGACGUUCGAGUGGAACAGCAGGCGCUGGUCUCGCCUACAAGACUUCCUGUUGGACAGCACCACUGAAAGCAGCCCGACAGGUCAGGGGGAGGGUCUGCACAGCACAGUGAGCAGUGAGAGUGUGCUGACGGACCUGAGCGAGCAGGAGAUCACAGAGAUCUCCUCCCUCCACAGUGAGGACUCUGCCUCCGCCAUGCCUGACUCCAUAUCUAUGGCUUUCCUCUCUGCUUCCUACCAACCGCCGAGGGAUCUUCCACACUACAACUCCCUGCCGAUCAAGAGCAGCCGCCACGGGCAAGGAGGGCGGAGUAAAGCCAAGGAGUUCCUGCGGCGGAUGGAACUCAUGCGCACUUGGGGGCCGUCGACGAGGCGGAAAAGCUCGAAUCGGAGGCCGCCGUUGGUCAUCAGUGGGCCGGUGCUGCAGGGGGAGGAGCCUCAGGCACUGCAGAUGCUCCAGUGUACGCCCAUCAGCCAAUUAGAGCACAGCCCCAAACACAACCACCAAAGUGAUGGUGACACUUCCCCUGUCUCUCUCACCAAGGAUUGUGAAGACCUAUCCAUGAUGAAUGUGAGCCCCAACAAAGAGACUGCAGCGCUUCCCGUGAAGGAGCCUGUAUGUACAAAACCCCGCACUGCCAGCAAGAGAAGCAGCAUGUAUCUGGAGGAUAUGGAGCUGCCUUCUCAGGGUAAGAGGACUGAGGAUCAGAGUCAGUUUGGCAGAAACCAAUUUCACUCAUAUGAAAACCUCCUUAUUCACAUCCCCAAAGACCAUAAACCAGGAACCUUCCCGAAAGCCCUAUCCAUAGAAAGCUUGGCGCCUUCCCCCAGUGACAGAAACAAUAUUUCACAGACACAUACUCAGACUUCUCCACCUGGCAAUGGCCUGGGUGAACCCUGGUGUGGCAAACCCUUGUCCAAACCCUGUCCUGGAGCUCCACGAGGCAGCAGGGUGAGCGUUUACGACAAUGUGCCAGGCUCCCACCUGUACGCCAGCACAGGAGACCUGCUGGACUUGGAGAAAGAGGACAACCUGUUUCCUCACCUGGACGACAUCAUCCAGCACGUCAGCGGCUUGCAGCAAAUAGUGGACCACUGGAGUCGCAGUGUGCUGCCUGAGGGAGACACCGCGGAGGGGGAGGAUGAAGGGGAGGGCAGGACCACCCCCAGCGAAGGCGAGAGAGACGGGGUCUCCCUAAAUGACACCGAUUCAACAGGGACCAGUCGGGAGAGGCGGGACUCUGGAGUUGGGGCCUCCCUGACGAGACCACGUCUGCGAUGGCCCAGUUUCAGAACCUCUGAUCAUCUCAACCAGCCAGCGUCUUCUCUGCAGAUCAACAGCCAGUCAGCGGGCCAGCUCAGUCUACUGCAGAAGUUUUCUUUGCUCCGCCUCACCGCCAUCAUGGAGAAAUACUCUAUGUCUAAUAAACAUGGCUGGACAUGGUCUGUGCCCAAGUUUAUGAAGCGCAUGAAGGUGCCUGACUACAAAGAGAAGAGUGUUUUCGGCGUUCCCCUCAUCGUCCAUGUCCAGCGCUGUGGUUUCCCCCUCCCCCUGUGUUUACAACAGGCUCUCAGCCACCUUAGAACACACUGUCUGGACCAGGUGGGAUUGUUCCGCAAGUCCGGCGUCAAGUCUCGUAUUCAGGCCCUGAGGCAGCAGUGUGAGUUGUCCCCAGACAGCGUGAGCUACGAGGACCAGUCGGCGUACGACGUGGCCGACAUGGUCAAACAGUUCUUCAGAGACUUGCCUGAGCCUCUGCUGACAAGCAAGCUGGGGGAAACCUUCCUGCACAUUUACCAGUACGUCCCAAAGGAGCAGAGGUUGCAGGCCGUCAGAGCAGCCAUUUUGUUGAUGCCGGAUGAAAACAGGGAGGUCCUGCAGACGUUGCUGUACUUCCUGCGUGAUGUCACUUCCUUGGUGGAGGAGAACCAGAUGACACCGAUGAACCUGGCAGUUUGUCUGGGGCCGUCGCUGUUCCACCUCAGCAUACUGAAGAACGAGACGCUGUCACCGAGGUCAAUCCAGAGGAAGUACACCACAGGCCGUCCAGAUCAGAAGGACUUAAGUGAGAACCUGGCUGCCACCCAGGGCCUGGCACACAUGAUCACUGAGUGCCAGCGUCUCUUUCAGAUCCCUGAGGAAAUGGUGACCCAGUCUCGCAACUCCUACAUGGAGGCAGAGCUGAUGGUGCCCCCGCUGGACGAGCUUUGCAAAGCUCAUGAGGAAGAAGUGGAUGAGGACGAGGAAGAGGAGGACGAGGAAGGAUCCUAUCAUGCACACCUAGAAAGGCUGGUCCAGGCCCUGCUGAAAGAGGCCAAAGAUAAGAGCAAAGGCUGGGUGUCUCGCUCAACUUCUGACCAUACAGAACUGGCAUUUAAAAAGGUGGGAGAUGGUAACCCUUUAAGGCGGUGGCGAGUUUGCAUUGAGGUGUCCGCAACUCCCACUGAGGUUCUGCAGCGGCUGCUGAAAGAGCGACCGCUGUGGCAAACUGAACUACAGCAGGAGAAGGUUCUGGAGACGCUGGACAAACAGACAGACGUGUAUCAGUACUCCUGCUGCAACAUGGCGCCUCAACCCAGCUGUGACUACGUGGUACUAAGAUCGUGGCGUACAGACCUGUGCAAAGGCUCCUGCGCGCUCGUCUGUGUGUCUGUGGAGCAUGACGACAGCCCACGCAUGGGAGCCGUGAGGGGGGUCGUGCUGGAGUCGCAGUACCUCCUGGAGCCCAGUGGGAUGGGCAGGACCAGGCUCACGCACAUCUCCAGAGUGGACCUCAGGGGAAGAUCUCCAGAAUGGUACAACCGAGCGUUCGGUCAUCUGUGCGUCAGCGAAGCCCAAAGGAUCCGCUCCUCUUUUCUCCCUUUAGAUCAAACGAGCCCCGAGGCCAAAAGCUGAACCCCAACAUGCAGCUUUGUCUUUUGUCACAGUCUGAGAAGCAUCGACCCAGGAGGGGAAUCAUGGACUUUAGUGUCUCUUCAAGGUGCUGAGCGACAGGGAGCUUUACUGUAUCAUACUGUAUUGAAUGCACACACACACACAGAAGGGGACACAGUAUUUUUUUGCCGUUUUUCAACAGCAUAUCACUACUUAUUUAUAUCAUAAAUUAUACUUUUCCAAGCCAUCUUUUUUAAAUCCACACAACCCAUGUUAAAUGUGAAACAAGCAGCUUGAGUUUCUUUGGAUAGCCGUUAAUGUUUCAUAGAAUUGUCUUGCAACCUUGUGCAUUCGGGGAAGAAUUAAUAUUAUUUAUUGCUCUGAUUCAGUCAUUCAAAUCCUCAUUGUCUAAUACAACAUCUAGAAUAGAACGAUUCAAUAAAGCAGCACCAGCAGGUAAGAUGGUUGCUAUAUCGGUUAGGAUUUCAUGUUUAAUCUGACAUAAUAGGUGUUGUAAUAGAGUAAAUACCUGAAACUUAUACUUAUCUAUAACUGAUUUUGUAUUAUAUACAAUCAAAAAAUGCAUAAGAUUUACUCCUAUCCAAAGAAAUCUGUCUAAACUUCAUCUUUUAUCAGAGGAACAUACAUUACAAAUAUGAGCGACACGAUUCACGUUUAUUCUUUUCUGAUUUACUAUUGACUUUACUUUAAAAAAAAAAAAGCAAGAAACAUUCACCCCAAAUCUGAUUUUAUCAAGUAAUGUUUUGAAAAACAAAACUAACUAACGCAAACUGGACAUCUCUGAUCUGCAUCCGUCUUUAUUCUCCUCCUACAAAGCUGUUAAUGUACGUAUUCACAUUUAUAAUAUGCAGUGAUUCUACAGAUACUGUAAAAAUGAAAAAACUUCUGUGCCCUAAAAUCUACCAGUAUAAUGUGGAUUUGUGUCUACACUGUGUUGUGAAAAGUGCACUAGUUUCAGGAAAACUGAGUACAUGAGGGAUCCGAGUCACAUAAAGGCGAAACUCUCGUGGGGUCCAUUAAUGUGCUUUGGAUACAUUGUGUUGGAAAUCACUGUUGAUUUAGUUCUCUGUCACUAUUUUCAGUGUUAAACUUAUCUAAGUGAAAUGCCAUUUUAAAGUUAUUAUUAUUGUCAUUAUAUCUCUGUAUAUGGUAUCAUUGUUGCUUUUAUUUUAUUUUGCCGUCAUGUUAUACUAUGUCUAAGACAUGUGACCAUUUCACUGCUUCUGGGAAGCAUGUUUGAAAUAUUGGCGUGCGUGCGUGCGUGCAUGGUUGUGCCCGUGUAUCUGCAGUUUAAACAUAUGUACAGCCUCUAUUGUAAAUAUCUGCAACGCUUUCUGUGCCAGCAGAUCGGACAUCAUAGUUUUUCAGGGUCUUCCUAUCAUAUUGAUAUGCUGAAAUGUGAAACUUUCCAAACACCAUCCUUACUAUAGCAAUAGCAGACUAAAGCUCGCUUUGCCAUGG